ACAAUAUUAACAAUGAUACUAAUAUUAUUGAAGAACAAGAAGACCCUUUAUAUAAUAAAAUACGCAAUUCUUUGCAAAAAGAAUUAAAAGUAGACCCUUUAACUGUAGAAUCAUUAUUUGAUAAUUUAUCAAAUAAAAAAUGCAAAAAAUCUCAUCCUUUACAUGAAUAUCUUGAACCAAGUGAAUCCGGUUUUUACAUUUGCUAUAUACCAUAUAAAGAACAACAUCCUCCAUUACAAUGGCAAAAAUCAACAGGAAUUAGCACAAUUAAAUCUUAUUUCAAAAAAUAUCACACUAAUAUUUAUAAUAAAGUAGAGUUGGAAAUUAAAAAAACCAAACCGAUUCAACCUUAUAGAAUAGAUAAUGAAUCAAAAGUUAAACGUAUCACUUAUCUGCUUAUAAAGUGGAUUAUUUGUAAUCAACAAUCUUUCAUAGUCAUCAAAGAUUCUAGUUUCAUUGAAUUAAUUGAAGAACUUGAUGAAUGGUAUCGAUUACCAUCUCGGCAAACUAUAUCGAAUCAAAUCAAAGCAAUUUAUAAAAAACAACAAUUAUUAUUAAAAGAGUUUUUAAAAACAACAAGAAAAUUUGCUAUUACAACUGAUUUAUGGACUGCUUGCAAUAACAGUGAUUAUUUAUCCAUAAUGCUUCAUUGGAUUAAUGAUAAUUGGACAACCUUAAUGCUCUCAUCAUCAAGUCAUCCAACCUUAGAAGAUCUUCAUUUAAUAUUCACCACGAUUAAAAGAUCUCUUGAAAAAAUUAUCAAUAAUACCGUCAAAGAAACUACACCAAAACUUGUUGCAAUAGCCAUAGUAAUUAAACUUGACGAUUCAUCAUCCCAAACAGAUACUUUACAAUUAACUUCUCGCGAUUAUUUCAAGAAGGCCCUUAAGCGUUCACUUGAUUCUCCUGAUGUAGCAAGUGAAUUACGAAAUUAUCUUAUGUUAGCAGAAGUUGAUUGUGAAGUAUUAUCAUGGUGGAGAGCUCAUGCAAAUAAUCAAAAUUAA